GCAAGCAUAAAUAUUUUUGACUAAAUGUUAAAAAGGAACAAAAGUCACUUGUUUAUUUUGCUACAGGACCACCAACAGAAGUGCCUGAACUAUGGACGCGUCUGACCAGGAGACGAUGAUGCCUCCGCUAAAGGAAUUUUUGUUGACAUUUUUUAUGCCAGAAAAAUGUUAUGACCAGUUCUUCUUUUACUUCAACUUCAUGCACGUACCCUGCCUAAAGAUUGUCCUGAGUAAGACUAUGGGAAUAUUUAUUUUGAUGGGAAUUGUAAUUGCUCCACUUCCCCAGAUCUGCAAAAUACUUUGGUGUGGAAGUUCAUACGGACUGUGUCUGACCUCGGUUUUUCUGGACCUGAUGGCCAUCUCCACCCAUGCAGCUUUCUGCUACACUCAAAACUUUCCCAUUGGAGCCUGGGGGGAAAGUUUGUUUGCAGUGAUCCAGAUUGCUCUCCUGGCUUUGCUUAUCCACCACCAUGAAGGCAAAACCAUAAAAGGUAUAUUUUUGCUUGCUCUGUUCUGUGGCGUUAUGUUCCUCUUGGCUUCACCUUUGACCCCUGUGGCAGUGGUUUGGACUCUGUAUGAAUGGAAUGUGCUGUUUGUCGUUGCUAGCAGGUUUUUCCAGGUAGUCAGUAACUUCAGAUGUGGACAUACGGGACAGUUAUCUAUACUUUCUGUUUUCCUGGUGUUUCUCGGCUCUCUAGGACGAGUCUUCAGUUCCUUGCAGGACACAGGUUUUUCUUUCUCAGCUCAGAUGCAAACAUUGGCCUGCUGUUGCAGUUGGUUGAUUCUUGCACAGAUCCUGAUGUACUGGAAUAAAUGCACAACAAACAGUAAGAAAGAAGCUCAAAUGAAGAAAGACAAGGCUGAAUGAAAGAGGUAAAAGAAACUGCCUGUAUGCAGACUGUCAUAUCGGCUUGUCAAGUGUAAUGUCACACGAAGCGGCUUCCGGGUCCAAGCACUCAAAAUGAAUAGGGAGACUAAACAAAUGGUAAUAAUAAACGUUUACAAAGCAAUGUAAUACUUUCGACAAACUAAUAUAUACAGUAUAAAUCCAUGCCUAAUAUCAGAUGGCCAGAAAGUGAUUUUUUUGUUUUUUGAAAUUGAUUUUUUUUAAAUAGUUAAAAUAUUGGUGUCUGAGAUGCUUUAAGUCCAGAGACUUUAAUGUGUGAUAUGACUAAAAAGGGGUAAUAAACAAGUAUUUUCUCCAUUCAAAUGAGUUGCGGCUUCGACUCAGAUACAGUUUUCAAUAUGUCACCAAUACAUCACGACUUAACGAGCGGAUAGCCUGCUAUAGUACUGUGUUUGAGUACUAAAUUGAAAACUGCUUCAAAAAUCAUUAUUUAGUCUAAGCUCAUGUCUGAUCUUUCAAUCCAGAUGCAUAGAUUGACACAUAAGCAUUAGUUAGACCUCUUGCUGUGCAAAAAUAUUAUAUGUAUUUGUCAAGAUCAGCUAGUGCAUUGUGAUGCACAGCUACCAAAGAGAUCACAUUUCACUCCUAACUGAAAAUACUGCCAUAACAUAAGACUUUUGCUGAUUUUUAUCAAGAUUUAAAGAUAACAUUGAAUAAAAUUCCUUUCAUUUUAAGUAUAUUUAACCAAAGUUCUGCUAAUUUAAAACAUUUAGAAAGAGAUCAAAAGGUAUCCAUAUGAAAUCCAUAUAAACCAAGUGGUUUAUUACACAUCUCUGAAAAAAUAAUCACUUUAUUAUGAGCAGAAUUGAUUUUUGUUUUUUGUUAGUCACACAUAAAUGCCAACCAGCAAACAGAAGCUCAACUAUAACAGUUUGACACAUGAUAAAAAACAUCAUUGGUUGUUGAGGAAGAUGAUCGUUCUGCUUGACAUGCGAGGAUAGACGUUGGUUGUGCAUCAAGCAUACAAAGCUCAAACUUUUAUGGCCAAAUUUAAAUGCUGUAAACACAAAUAGCUUAAUAAUGAUUAUAUAUGAAUGAAAACACACAGGGUUUGAUUUUGUGUUGCUAAUCAAAUCAAUGCUGUUCAGAAAUAGCUUGAUUAUUUUCAUAAUUAUAAUUGUUUGCUUAAGCAAUGCCCAUUUUAUAUUAAGUUGUAGCUACAUAGUUUCAUCUCAGUAUUGAUAACAAAUUCAUAUUGUUUUUAUCCUGCAUAAUUUGAUUAUUUAACUUACAUGGAACAUACUAACUAAAUAAUAUUUAUUAGCUUGCAUAUAUGCUGACAUAAAUGCUGUUGUCAGUGCAGGGAAUGAAUGUCAUGGUUCAGUAAAAGAGAACCCAUUGUGUUGUCUGAUCAAUCUCUGUUGGAAUAUUAAAAAUAAUGUCCACACACAAAAAGCCCUUUAACAAAAUCAGUAAUCUAUAAAGAUGCCUUGGAAUUAAAAAGGGAAAGAUUAAAUGGUCAUAUCACAAGUGAUCCUCAGUGUGGCAGUAGUAAUGAGCUCAAUUCAGCGUGUGAGCAUUGCAAAACUGCACCACUGUGUGGCAGGAGAGUUGUUUUCUACUUUAAUUUACAUAUUUUUGAGUUCUGUAUCUAGUUAUUACAAGUUUAGUAUUAUUUUCUAUCUAAUCAUGACUAUUUGUUCUGUAUUAUUUUGGAUCCACACUGCAGUAUAUGCAUUUGCACUCUUUAAAAAGAGUUUGUGAAUGUUUGUCUCAUACAAAAAAGCUAUGAUCCUUUAAACUGCACAUUUUGUCUGUAAUAAAAUGUUUCUGAUGGCUUAAA